CCCAAGGUAAUCUGGAUGGGGAAGAGUAUUAAAAGGGGAAUAUUAAUCUCCCCCAUUGCAGUCUGCAACAGGAAAGCAUAGAAAUAGACUAACAUCACUGGUGGCAGCUGGUUUCCGUGGCAGAGGCAGAGCAACGGCAGGAUGUGUGAAGGGCCAUCCAGGAUUUCUGGACCCAUCCCUCCAGACCCUACGCUCUUUCCAAACUAUUAUAAACGCCCCUUCUCAGCUCGAGGGAGGCUGGAAGGGAAUGAUCAGAAGCAGGAUUUUACCUCUGACCCCCUGGACCCGGUUCCCAACCCAUACCCUGCUUUGGGCAGUGCCCGCCAGGCCCAGCCAGUCCCUCGCAUUCGUCCCAGUGGAAGGGACUUCCUGGAGAAGGGACAGAAGGGUACGCUCAGUCUCUUACUGCAGCUUGAAGGGAUCUGCCUUGAUGGGGGAUUGCCAGUCAAGAGGAGAGAGUCCAAGGACCAUGAGAAGGAAAAUGUGAGGCGAAUAAAGGAGAUUCAGAAGAAGUGCAAAGAGAAGGAGAGAGCCCAAGAGCACAGUCAGCCCAAGCCUGUGAAAGCUCUGUGGAAAUCCCAGAAAUAUGAAAAUGUGGAGUCAAAGGUGAAGGCCAAACUGCAGGAGAGCUCCCCACCUCCAAAUCCAGAGGCUCUGAAAUUUCUGAGGGCCUAUUCUCGCUGUGGCCCUGGGAUCAAGCCGUGCAGACUGCUCUCCCCAAGGCCUACCAGAAUGAAAGCAGGAGCAGACACAGAGUCUCCAGAGCCACUGGAUGCUGAAACCAAGAUCCACGUGGAGGGCAAGAGCAUUGACUUCAUUACGCACAACGCCCGCAACGCCAAGCGGGCCCCGCUGUGGCGCUCCCAGUCCCUGCAGGCGCUGGCAGAGCUGCUGGAACAGAAGCACCGGGAGCAGGAGGAGUACAACGCCAAGCAAAAGGGUCACAUCCCCCAGUACCUGCUGGAGAGGAAGGAGCUGUGGCGCAGGCAAACGGAGGAGCAGCUGCGAAACCUGCCAGAUCCUGACACACCACCUGGUCACACCAUGAUGCCUGAGGGCCAGCGGCUGGAGACCCUCAGCAAUCUGAAGCAGAGCCAGGAGCAGCUAAUAAAGGACCUGGUGAUGCUGCCAAUGCGUGCAGACACCCUCAGCAUGCAGAAGAGGCGGGUAGAGCUGGAGAGGAAGCUCUUCCAGAUAGAAGAGGCCAUCAAAAUUUUCUCAAGGCCCAAGGUCUUCAUCAAGAUGGACUCCUGAGCUGCUGGGACUUAGUGUGCUCUGCAUGAGCAUCCUUCCUCCUUCCUUGCCGGGAAGGGAUGAUCAUCGCUUUGGGAGGGAAGGAGAGGAAGGCAAGUUCGGGACCCUGGGCCCAUGCAGGUGCUGAUGCAGUGGCCAGCGUGCAGCUGGCAUCUCUUGCUCACCCUCCACUGCUGUGUCUUGUCCACGGAAAAGGGAGAGAGGUGCCCUAAUACACUGUCCGCUCUGUGGUCAGGAGAACAGUUGUCUGUGUGCUGCUUGACUUCUCAGAAAUCAGCACUCUGCUCUGGGUCCAUGGCAUCACCUCUUACUUUCCCAUUUUUUCCCACUUCUGGAAACUGGUAGGAGUUCUCCCAUGCUGCUGCCUGUGAUGUUCCUUGUCCCCCUUUUUCUCCUGAGCUGGGCCAUGGUCACGGCUCAUUCUGGGCACCUGCAGACUUGUCUGCACAAAAACCUUGUGCUGUAUGUUGGCUAUGCAUGCCCUGGCUCUGAGCACUGACCCAUCCUGCUCACAUACCCUCUGACCUACUGGCUGGGCUCAGCAGCUUGAGGACAACCUGGGGACAAUGAAGAAGCGCAGAGCUUCAGUCCUUCAUGUCCAAGGAAGAGCUGGGCUGGCUGCAGGGCCGUCUGGCAUGAUCUCUGUGGAGAAGCCUUUGCUCCAGUAAAGCACCGAUUCCCUCUUUCAGUGUGCUCUGCAGGGCCCAAGGGGCACUGGUGGGCAGCAGAAACCAGCAGCAUUGGUGUGGCACAGGCAAGGGAGAGCUGUGGGUCCUGGACCCCCUUUCUGCAGCAGCCCAGGAGGUGUUGGGAUGCUGGGGUGUCGUGGUGGGCUCAGAAUGGAGAAGGGGUGGAGUCCUGGCAGACCCUGGGCCACAGGCUGGCAGGUGCCAUUGUAGAGGUGCACCCACUGCCUCCUUACUUUCAGGUGCCCCACAAGGACUUGUGCAGGCCUUUGUGAGGAUCCUGCUGCCUGAAGCAUAGAAAGAUUUAAGCUGAAAGGGAUGGGUGGAGGGCCUG